GGGGCCGUGCCCGCCACAGCCCCUCCGGCCCGGGCGCCGCCGGGCGCUCCUCGGGCGCUGCCCCGCCGCCGCCCCGGGAGCCCCGUUCUCUCCGUGUGGGAGAAGCGGCGUGUGGGACAUGCCAUACCGCUCCUCUGGCGUCCCGGCUGCGGGGUGUGACCCAGGCCUGGCGGGAAGCUCCCAGGUGUUGGUCAUGGCAGGAUUUCCCAGAGCAUCCCGGCGUGUCUUUCGAACGUACACCUCUCUUCAGAAACAGUUUCAUAACUAUGAAAUUUAAAGUAUAAAGUUUGAGAUUGAGCCAGUUCUGCAAGUCAAAGAAUCUGGGAGCAGAAAAAAGCAAGAUGAAUGCAUCUGGAGGAAGCUGUGGGAGCCCUAGUUCUGCAGAACCUACAGGAGAUUUCUUCAAAGAACUGUGGUCCAAACUGAAAGAAUGUCAUGAUAAAGAAGUACAAGGCUUACAGCUGAAAAUAUCUAAGUUGAAAAAGGAAAGAUGCUUGGAUGCAGAGAGGCUUGAAGAGUUCUAUACCAAGAACCAACAGCUCAGGGAACAGCAAAAAGCACUUCAUGACACUAUCAAGGUUUUAGAAGACAGAUUAAGAGCGGGGUUAUGUGAUCGUUGUGCUGUAACCGAAGAACAUAUGAGAAAGAAGCAGCAAGAGUUUGAAAAUAUCCGGCAGCAGAAUCUCAAACUUAUUACUGAGCUCAUGAAUGAAAAAAACAACUUGCAGGAUGAGAAUAAAAAGUUAACUGAACAGUUCCAGCAAUUACAGAAGGAGCUAGAGGUGCAAAAGCAGCAAGUAGUGCAGGCAGAAGAAGGAGUCAUUCCAGAUUCUCCAGUUCAAACAUCUUCAUUUUCUGUGGUUAAUCGUAUGAGAAGAAAAAAAGAGAAUAGGCAUAUCCGAUAUACUGAACAUACACCCCCAGAUUUGGAACUUAGGGAAAGCAACAGUGAGCUGGGAAAAAUUCCACUUUUUUCCACACAAGUGAACACUCACCAUGGAGGAGAGAUACUAGUGGCAGAAACUUGUGAUCCACAGCUGUCCCCUGUGCCAAAUAAACUAAGGGUGGGAGGAUACCCUGUUCCAAAGCCAUCUUUUAACUUGGCUGCAGUCGUUGCAGAAACAAUUGGACUUAGUGUUGAAGAGGAAUCUGAGUCCCAGAGUGUACUGAAUCUUCCCCUCACCAAUACAGUUAUGAGCCAGGCCUCAGAGAGCACGCAGUCUGAAGACUCAAGAAAACAUCCAGCUUCUGAAUCAAGAAAUAAUGACAACAAUUUAGGUAUUUCAGAUCCAUCUCAUAGCACUCCACCACAUGAUGACUGGGAUACUCGGGUAGCUUCUCCUGUUUUUGGAGCUUCUAGCACCGUGAAGAACAACUCAAGUACAGUUCAUGCUCCUUGUAUUUUAGAUUCAGAAUUGAAGCCUCAUCUCAAAACCAACCUCUUCAACAAUCCAUCCAAUUCCAGAUCUCAUAAAAGUAGAUCAAAAUCUGAAGAUGUUGCUUUUGUUGCACCACUGAAUCUUGGGACAGAAAUCAAUUCGGUUAUCAGCCAGGCCUCUGUCCAUAGGCAAAUGGUUGUGAAAAAGAAUUCUAAUGAGGCUGUAACCUGUGCUGGAAACACCUGCACAGCUAAAAAUGAGACUAUCAAGAGCAGUGUCCUUCUUGUAUACCAGAAGCAGCUAGAAGGCAGGUGUGCUAAGAGAAAGAAAACUGAAGAUGAUCAUGCAGUUAGCUGUGAGAAAACAUCAUUCAACAAAGAGAACUCUGUGCCUUUUCGAUGCGAUGUUCAGGUUAAUGGGGAACAUGCAGGUGAUAAGCCCUUGGAUCUGUCUGAUCGCUGCUCUGGAGUUCGUGGUGAAGAGAAAAAACAAGGAGGUGAGGAGAUAUACAAAAACAGACUGAAGCAAGUGACUCUGCACGACAUCUUCUCACACGUAGGGAAGACCGUUCCUGAAGGUUCAUCACCCAUUCAAAAUAACAACAAUGAGAGCUGUUUGUUUGGCAGAGAUUUGCAAGGGGAAUCCUAUGUACAAGAGGCAAUGCUAGGAAAAACAUUCCCUGACAGGAAAAAUCAGAUCCCAAUGAAAGAAGAAGUUCCUCCCUUCAAAUUUGCACCAUUGCCGGGUUCUGCAGAGACAGAGGAACUUUUUGAUGAUGUAAAGGUUGCCAGUGGCCAUGUACCAAAUAGAAAGAAAACAAGGACAGGACUUGGAGAGUCUGAACCAGCAUCUGUACUUCAGCCAAACCCUUGUAGACUAUCAAAAAGUAAAGCACAGCAAAAUGAGCAAGACCUGAAAGAUAAACCCUCUUUAGAAAACUUCCAGUGGAGCAUAGACCCAGGAGCUGACCUUUCACAGUACAAAAUGGACAUUACUGUGAUUGAUACAAAGGGUGGCUGUCAGACAAGAGUUGGAGGAGAAGUUGUUGAUAUGGAUUAUACAUAUGUUAGUGACAGUGUGCUAUUAGAAAUGAAAAAUCAAGAGCAAAAUCAGGAAAGCAGUCCACGAGGAGAAAUAACAGAUAUGUUUGAUCAGACGACUCAUGAAGAAUAUGAAUCCUGCCUACCAGAAGAUAAUCAUUCUGCAUGUGAUGAAAAAGAAACUCUUCAUGAUGAAGAGCAGGAUAAGGGAAUAACAGUAGCAAGCAAGAAACUGAAGAAACAUGAGGAUAAACAAGAUAAAGCCAAGCAGAAAGCUUUUGUGGAGCCUUAUUUCAAAAGUGAUGAGAGAAAGAAUACUGUGUUAAAUUUUCCUCAUAUUGAGGUUAUUCGAAAAAAAGAAGAAAGAAGAAAAUUGCUUGGCCACACUUGCAAGGAAUGUGAAGUAUAUUAUGCAGACAUUCCAGAAGAAGAGAGACAGAAGAAAUUAGCUUCCUGUUCAAGACACAGAUUCCGCUACAUUCCUCCAAAUACUCCUGAAAAUUUCUGGGAAGUUGGAUUUCCUUCCACCCAAACCUGUGUAGAAAGAGGAUACAUUAAAGAGGAUCUUGCUCCCUGUCAACGUCCAAAAAGGCGUCAGCCCUAUGCUGUAAUGUUUUCUCCAAAAGGCAAAGAGCAGAAGACAUAAAGGAUGGGGAAGGAAGGAAUGCCAGCCUGAAGUGUAUCUUUCCUGUCCGUAGAUAUUUAUAGUUAAUAUAAACUUGAAAUACAGAACUGUGUUUUCCACAAUGAUAGAUACAUUGUUUAAUUGAAUAUGUAAAUUUUAUAAAAUUCAUUUGCAAGUCUGCUGUACCAGGAAACAAAACUAUUUAAUGUAUGUUUGUUUCAUAUUGUGUUGAUACAUUUUGUAUUUGUUUUUGCACCUGCCAGACAAGUCUCCUACUUUUUUUUUCUUUAAGGCCAGCAGCUGAAAUUCCAGCAAUUACUGUGUAAACUUUGUGUCAUUGAGUAACUGCUUUGAAGUCAUUGAAAUCAGUUGUUCUUGCAAGAGUAAAUGUCUGUCAAUGGGAACAGAAAUGACAAUUUUCUAGGGUGCUUUUAUUUUGCUCUGGAUUUUCUUGUAUUUCUUUUCUCAUGUUUCAAUAAUGGUUAUAUCUAUUUGGAAUAAAGCUGUGUUAAAUGUUAAAUGUAUCUACUGUUCAUAGUUUGGAGGUGUGAAAACCAGGAAAUCUGUCUUUCUUCAAUUCUGAUGUUAAAUGUAUAGCACCAUGGUUUUUCUCAGUGUUUACAUUAGAACAUCCAAUAUUUCUUUUAUUUUUUCCUUGAAACCUCUUUGCUUAUAUGUGUCUCAUUUAUUGAUAGAGAUAAGCAUUGUUAUUUUUAAAUUUGGGUGACAGCUCUGCCCAGAGUUCUCCUAGAGGACAGCAAUAGUCAUCAUCUAGAUUACAAAAGAUUCUCUGGAGAUAUUUUAAAUUAAUGUUUUGUAGCUGGGGAUAUAUUUCCCAGUAAGUAAGAUAUACAGUAUUACAGAGGCAGGGUAAUACCUACAUAGGUAGGCAAGCCAAGGAUCACCAUAAGAUCUUUAGGAAUAAAGAAGCUGCAAUCAGAGUUGUGUUCAACCGGUGAGAACUCUUCUAAAAGGAGAUCAUAAAGCAAGCAACUAUUAAAAUGCUUUAAGUAAAAAUAAAGUAACAGAAAGUACAGAUACAUCUGGGGGUUUAUCUGUAUAUAUUUGUAUGUAUAAAUGUAUCUGUAAUUUCUGUUCUUGUACCUUAUGUAUGGGUACAAAAAUAUAUUUAAAAACUUGGUGGAUAGGACCAUUUAAAUUCAGCUGUAUUUAAACAGUGGCAGUUUCUGUUGGUGGAGAGGUUGUAGCAUAGGCCCAAGAAGGAAACUAAAACAAAUGUGAUCAAUUUAAUUGUUACACCAAAUCACACAAAAUCCUUUCAGGUUGAAAUUACAGGCCUUGCAGAAAAGUGGAAGGUACAAUAGUAGGCACCAUCCCCAUCCUACCUGUUUAGCUGGCUUACUUCAUAAUUUCACAGGACUGUAUAUCCUAAGGAACACCAAAGGCAUAAAGCCAAAUAACAAUGAAAGUCUUUAGUCGUUCCCACAUAUAGUAAUACACGCUGGCAAUAAAUGUUUACAACACUGUAAAGUCUUUAUUUAUUGGAGCAGGCAGACAAAGAACCCAUGCCAAGGUAAAUCUGGUUUCCUGAAUUUUAUUUUUUUAAUUAAAAAUAAAUUAGCAGAUGCUGCCAAAAAGUGGAAUUGUUGCAGGUAUCUUGAAAAUUGUUUUAGAACAACUAUUACAUGCUCUGAAUAAGUAUUUAUCCAUUAAUAAAGAACUUCUUAAUAAGUAAAUAUUUAUCCAUUAAAAAAGAAAUUUCUAAUGAGAAGAGUAGGGUUUUAACUGGGGAGAGCCUUUACACAGUAGAAGUUAUGUGCACUAAAAGAAAAAUGGAAGCACAUUGCAACUUAUCAAAUGUAAAUUUUGCUAUGUAGUAGGCUGUUUGAGAGUUUCUGAAAGAAAUAACUAUGAAUCCUAUUUUAGGAACAAACUUUAUCAGUAAAAGGUAAAGUAAAAGAUAAACAAUAAUGGGAACAUUUAAAGGUAAGAUGGCAAGAAAAGAUGGGAUUUUUACAGCAAUGUUCAUUAUAGAAGUACCUGGGAAUUUUUCUGUACAGGGUGGGUGAGCAGAGCUGUUGGGAACUGAAAUGGCAGAAAAGGCCAAAGAUGUGAGUGUUGGCAAGGACAGGAUUGGAGCCUGCUCCCAUGGAUUGGAAGGUGAGAGAAGAAACUGCUAAGUCUCUCAUUCUAGCAUGGAACAUCAGGCUCAAAUCAGCUGUAGUGGUGAAGAAGAACAAAGGAACAAUUCUGCCCUGAGGAUUUAAAAAGGACUCCAAAGAGAUCAGUGAGGCUGCAGCCUGAGGAGUUUUAUGGAGUCAUGGGAACUGGGAUAAUUGAUAGGAGUAUAAUGAACAAGAUUUUCAGAUCUUUAUAAAUACUAUGUGGAAAGAUGACACUUUUGCAGCUGCCAUUCUGAGGGCCUUUUAGAUACUUUGAAGGUGUAAAAGUAUGAUUUAUCUGACAGCUCACAGUAGAACCAACUUGCCAUGGUGCAGAAGUUCUCUCCUAGAGGGCUCCUGUUUAAAGGUGCAUAAGACAUUACAGUGAGAUUCUGCUAAGUACCAUUUUAUUCAGCCUAUUUGUGUUCUGAAAAAGGGUGGAGGGAGUAGUCUGUUAAAUUAUUCACUGAGCAAGUGGAACUGGGAUAUAUAAGAGGGGGAAAAUUGCAGAGCAGAACCCUUCAUACACAAGAAGGGAUGUGAUGGAUGGUGAUAAAGUCAUGAAGUGUGGAAAUAGCAAGGAUUGCUCUCCAAGGGCAGCAGGUUUAGUUACAAGAAGAAAGGAGCAGAUAGUGCCUAUGAGGACAUUACUGCUCCACUAGAGGACAGUAAGGAGCUGCUUUUGAGCUUAAAACAGUGUAAGAAUUAUUCUUUCUUACCCUUUGAUAGUUGGCCACUUUUUAUAAGAUUUAAAUUAAUUUUUAAAUUGUAGAUCUCUUGCCUAGCUCUUCAAAUGCUAGAAAAACUAUUUUGCUUCAUCUUGAAAAGCCAGAGAUCAAUUGUAAAAAUCAAGAAACAAGACUAGAAACAGACAGAUUUCUUCUCCAAAAAUAAGAAUAAAAAAAUACCAGAAGCCUAAGCAACCAUUGUGUACAAAAAAGA